AUGAAGAUAUUGGGCCAGAUUGCCUUCUUGCUUCUGCUUGGGGGAAUCUGGUGUCAGAACAAUCGUAAUGCUAAAGCUACUGGCAAGUCCACCAAGAGGUCUGGUGGAAACCAAGGAGGUGAUGUUGGCCAGUCACCCCCUGUCGUUGAACUGACUCCUGGCAGCACUGGAGCCACUGGAAGUACGAGAGGCACUGGCGGCAGUGGAGGCAUGGCUGAAGCCAGACGGGAGAGCGCUGCGGGGGCUCGAGCAACUGGACAGCAAACAAAUGAUAUGAGGCUGCAUUUCCUCAAGAACCCUAAAGUCACAUGUAAUGAUGGAACAGCAGCUGGGUUUUACCUAAAGGAGUUCAGAGGAAGCCGCCGAUGGCUGUUAUUUCUGGAAUCUCUAUUAUUUUUAGGUGGCUGGUGCUGUCACAGCAGAGAGACCUGUGAUUCCAGGUACCAAAAUAUCCCACGACUAAUGAGCUCAUCAGGGUGGCCCCAAACAAAAAGAGGAACUGGACUACUUUCUUCCCAAGCAGAGGAAAACUCUCACUGGCAUAAUGCAAACAUUGUAUUCAUCCCGUACUGUUCCAGUGAUGUAUGGAGUGGGACUGGGCCGACCCCAACCCCCCCGCCACGGCCACGACUAGGAAGAGAGAAAGAAAGAGAACAAAAUGCAAACACAACUGAGUACACCUUCAUGGGAUCCCUGAUCAUCCGAGAGGUCAUCAAAGACCUCAUCCCCAAAGGAAUCAAGCUGGCCAAGGUGGUAAUGCUGUCUGGCACAAGUGCUGGCGGGACAGGUGUUUUGCUGAACAUUGAGAGGGUGGCCAGUCAGCUAGAACAGCUGGGUGCCGAGGCUCAGGUCCGAGGCCUGGUGGACUCUGGCUGGUUUUUAGAGAGUAAGCAGCAGAGAUCACCCAACUGUCCCGAGACUGUCUCCUGCUCACCUGAAGAUGCCAUCAAGAUAGGACUCAGGUUGUGGAAUGGGGUUGUGCCUGACAGGUGUCGGCAGCUCUAUAAGAGAGGAGAGGAGUGGCAGUGCUUCUUCGGACACAAACUAUACUCUACCCUGACCUCCCCUCUGUUUGUUGUGCAGUGGCUGUUUGAUGAGGAGCAGCUGCGGGUCGAGAACAUCUACAUGGGAGGACAGAGUCUGUCUGAGCAGCAGUGGCAGUACAUACAGAACCUGGGCAGAGAGCUCACGACCUCCCUAAGAGAUGUCACGGCUGUAUUCGCUCCAUCUUGCCUCUCCCACACAGUGCUGACUAGAAGCAACUGGAUGACUUUCCAAGUCAGAGGUACUUCUCUGCCACGGGCCCUGCACUGCUGGGACAGGAGCCUGGAGGCAACGCGCAACAACAGGACUCCAGCCAAAGGUUGUCCUUUUCACCUGGUCGACACCUGCCAGUGGCCCCAGUGCAACCCCACCUGCCCGGCCUUGGUGGACCAGGCCACCCAGCAGGAGCUUACCCUGCUCCAGAUGCUAGCAGCCUUGGGCCUUGACCUCCAGAGGCUGGGCUUGGAUCCCCAGGGAGAUGCAGAUUAUCCUGCCACCAUGGUCAGCAAUGGUGGCUAAGUGUAUGAAUGGAAAGCAGCCCCAGAGAAAGCCUAACAGAGGACAUUUUUUUUAAUUUAAGUGUAACCAUAGAAAUAGUACAGAAAUCGGGUUACUACGUCUUGUGCUGCUCAGCAUUCCAUUAUGCUCCAUGUGUCUGUUAAAUUGGUGGCUGAUGGGUAUGUCACUGUGUCUGGGUGUGAGUGGUUUAGCGCUCCCUCUACUGGACACCAGAGGAAAGAGCUUUAGGCCAAAACUAAAGGUGUUUCACUUGUAGUGGUGGGCAGAGCUUUAGAUUUUAGCAGUUGGUUGGAAAUACUGUAUCAUCUGCAGCUCACUGUAAUCCUGAUCACUCAACAUGAAAAUCCAACUUCAGAGCAUGGUAGUAGAGUUGAUAAAGAGGCUCCUGCAUGAAGCCAGGGGCACAAACAUGUUGCUUGGACAGGAAAGAAACAUGCGUACAUCAUAUACUUCAGUUGUUAUGUUUAAAUUUGCUCUAGAUAUAGGUUAAUUUAUUAGCAUUGUACACAACAGUCAUACUUGUCAUAUGAUUUAGAGCACUCCAAAAGUGCACUCACAGUGAUAAAAGUUUUUAGAUAAAUACAUUUUGCACACAUACAAAGACAGUGAGUUGUAUCUAUGCUCAUGUGUGAUCAUGAUAUCGGCAGGAGAUCAUCUCUGAGAGAGAGAGUAGAUCAUACUACAGACAUAAUUUCUUCUCAUGUAAAGAAAAUAUAUAAAACAUAAAUAUAUUAAAGCAUGAUAUAUAUAUCCUUUCAUUUAACUUAUUUACUUACAAAAGAAAAAGAUCCUUAAAAAACAACAACAACUGUGGUUAUUCACCACUCCCCUGUUGGGAUUAUGUGUAUCCAGUGAUAUGCAAAGACAUAAUACAGACUUUGUAUUGCAAAUCUUUAUUGUCAAACCAACCUUUUUCGUAAUGUCAAGCUACUUCUACUAGGCAUUUGCAGGUGUUAUUGUAACUGUGUGUUUUAAUUUCUUCUAGGUACUGUAUGAUGAUCAUAUGAUAUCAUAUGAUAAGCAUUUGACUAGAAUGUACCUGCUGGUAAUAAGCACCAGACUGAAUCGUUACACCUGUGGAA